GAGGUUUUCACUAAUUUUCAUAUUUUUUCUAAACCGAAUGGGUUCCUGGGAACCCACAAAAGUGGCCUAGAUCCGCCCCUGAUGGUACGUUGAUUAAUGUGUAUAAAAGAAAUUGUAAAGUUAGUAACAAAUUUAUGUUCUAGAGGGGACCUAUAUAAGGGUACGAGGGGCACCUAUCUCGUAACCUAUUUGAACAGAUGCACUAAAGGGAGGGGGCACCUUUCCAGUUGAACCCACUACCCAUUUCGAUCCACCAUCCAAUAUUAUUGUGCCAUGUCACCAUCUAGUACAACCCUAAACAAACAAAAUUCGAUGCAGCAACGUGAACCCGUGAUUGAACCCGCGUAGCCAACCCACGGGAGUUGCAGCGGUGGUCCUGUGGAAGCUGUCCGAACAUGCGAACCCAUCUAGUGGGCGCCCCAGAGGCAUAGUUAACUGCAAAAUUAUUUAUACAUGUCGUUCUUCAAGACGUUCCUAAACAGUCCUGUUGGACCGAAAACUACUCAUUUCUGGGGUCCCGUGGCCAAUUGGGGAUUCGUUGCAGCUGCCAUGGCUGACAUUGAGAAACCUCCGGAAAUGUUAUCUGGCAACAUGACUGGUGUGAUGUGCGUGUAUUCGGCUUUGUGCAUGAGAUUUGCAUGGAUGGUGCAGCCUCGCAACUAUCUACUUCUUGUAUGCCAUGCCUCAAAUGAAACGGUACAACUUUAUCAACUCUCGCGUUGGGCAAGAGGUCAAGGGUACUUGCAGUUGAAGGAAGACAAGACACCCUCACCCUGACUUGAGAUUGUUUCCUUCUCACUUACAGACAGAGGUUCUAAGUGGGUGGUUAUUUAAGGUUUACUAAAAGUUAAUGUAUAUUGAUACAUGAAACAUACAGAUUCACAUGUUAUCAUUUGUGUUCUAGUUUUAACUCCAUUUCAGGUUGUCACA